AUGCCUUACAUUGUCACUGUCAUGUUCGCCAGGCCCGCCAGCGGCAAAUACAACUUCAACAUGGAUCACUACCUCAACGUCCAUACCGAACUGGCAACCAAGGUUUUUGGCCCACUGGGCCUGCGAUCUCUAAAAGUCGUGGACUAUCGGGACGACGAGUCUCAGCCGUACCUGAUCGGAAACGUGAUGGAAUGGGAGAGUGUCGAGGCGUUCGAGAGGGAGAAAGGCAGCGCAGCCGUCGGCGCAGUGUUCGCCGACCUGGCCAACGUCACCGACCUACCGCCAAUCUUCCUACAAGGCGAGAUCAAGAAGACGGUGAAAUACGACCCGACAAACUAA